AUGAAGGUCCAGAUCGCGGUGACGAGACGGGGCGUCGAGAGGGAAUUCCCUGGUGACAGCGCAGCCAGAGGGUGGCACUCCGGACGCCAUGGCCGCCAGAGAAACUCUCCCUCAGCACCCGAAACCGGCAAGCGCAGUUCCAGUUCAGGUCUCAUCAAGAAGUGGGCAGGCGCAGACCACCACCAGCAGCAGCAGCAGAAGAAGAAGGAGGAGAAGAAGAAGAAAAGAGAGCAGGAAGCCCCACCAGACAGAAGAGAAAGAGCCAAGGAGCCAAAGAAGGCACCUUCCCGCCCACAUACAAACUUGGCGCUCCCCCCCGGGGCAGGCAGGACCCUCUCGCAGGCAGUCUCGACCCCCCAAUCCCUUGCACACAUUUUAAGUAGGCACGGACAUGCAUUACAUUCCAAUUAA